AUGCAUGCAGAAAACAUAACCAUUGUAAAUAUCUUGAGGAACUGCUUCCCCGAUCAAUAUCAGGCCAGAAUCGACGAGCUGCAACACGAAAGAAAUGCGUGGGAAAACAUUCUUCCGAUCUUCUUCUACAACGACACCUUGUACCCGUACUCACCUCUUGUACUACAUCUCUUCGAACCUCGAUAUAAGAUUAUGAUCAAGCGAAUCGUCCAGGCGUCUCGCAAAUUUGCUUACCUCCCGUGCAUGCAUUCGUACCAGGCAAGUGUGGGAGAUGUCGGAGUGAUCGCUGAGCUGUCGGAGGUGGAAUUCCUUCCUGAUGGGCGUGCGCAUGUUCAGGCAAAGUGCCGAGAUCGUUUUCGGAUUCUGGACACAUGGGUCGAGGAUGGAACACAAGGACUGCACUGGUGCAAGGUUGAGAUCAUCCAUGACGAGCCAGUGGAAUCUCAUGCCGACGUCCAAGUCAGCCAAGAGAACGAGAACGAGCAAGAGGAUGCGGGAGAUGCGAAUGUCGAAGAGUCGCAGGAUCAGGACGGGGCGGCCGUGCAGGCUCAGAGCACACAAUCGUUGGAAGAAUGUGCCAGAGAGUGCUCGCAGAUGUUUGAGGCGAUGAUGGAGAACUUUGGUAACAUGCGUUCUGACAUCGAUGUUGCGCAUGGCCCAAAGCCAGAGAAUCCCGAGAAACUGUCCUUUUGGCUGGCUUCGAUUCUGCCAGUGCCCUACCACCAGAAGCACAAUCUAUUGACUUCGAGGUCGACGAUGGAGAGACUGAAUGAGCUGUUAUCGAUCAUCCGGAUGCAUCAAGAUCAGAGGGCGUAA